UGGGUUUGUCUGGGGUCUGGUGAGAAGUGCUGGGGGCUGGUGGUGUCAGUUGGCAGCUGGUGUGGCCUCCCCUCACAGACAGCUUCUGGGAGGCCCUGGGAGGCAAGGCCGCCUACCGCACGUCCCCACGGCUGAAGGACAAGAAGAUGGACGCCCACCCUCCUCGCCUCUUUGCCUGCUCCAACAAGAUCGGACGUUUUGUGAUCGAAGAGGUUCCUGGGGAGCUCAUGCAGGAAGACCUGGCCACUGAUGACGUCAUGCUCCUGGACACCUGGGACCAGGUCUUUGUCUGGGUUGGAAAGGAUUCCCAAGAAGAGGAAAAGACGGAAGCCCUGACCUCUGCUAAGCGGUAUAUCGAGACGGAUCCAGCUAAUCGAGAUAGGAGGACGCCCAUCACUGUGGUGAAGCAAGGGUUUGAACCUCCCUCCUUCGUGGGCUGGUUCCUCGGCUGGGAUGACAACUACUGGUCUGUGGACCCCUUGGACAGGGCCAUGGCUGAGCUGGCUGCCUAAGGAAGGGCAGGCCCCACCCCGUUCCUGGUCAGUGCCUUUUAUAACUGUCAUCCUUCAAAGAGACCUUCCUUACAGUGAACAGGGCCACUCUGGUGUGUGUACAUUUUUACAGUAGCCAAAAACAGCCCUGUAGAAAUUCAGGGUCUUUGCAAAAUUGUCUCAAGUAUCUGUGCUUUUGAAAAUUGAAUUCAAUAAAAUCUGUUUGAAGUGUG